CUAACAGUGACUUACAAGGAAAGUCAAUCAAACGACCGAACAAGCAAACCGUCAAGAACAAGAACCACAAAACGAAAGGAACGAACGAAUAAGAAGCGAGCUCAGCUUGAAAUAUGAAUCAAGAACCAUUUGAUAAGAAUUCAUCAAAUCAAACUUAUUCAACUUCACAAUAUAAUGACGUGGAAGAAUCUCAACCAUUAGUAGGAAGUCAAUCACCAUUCCCUUCAACUUCAACAGCAACAGCAACAAGACCAUCAUUAUCAUCAUCAAAUCAAAUCAAAACCAACUCUAAGACUAGAUCUAAAACAUCCCAUGAAUCAACUUCAUCACUUCAUUAUCAACCUUCAUUUAAUAACUUGGGAUCGAAAUCUAAAGAACAUCAGCAAUUUAUCAAAAAUGUGAUCAUAAAUGUCAUGUUUAUCUUAUCAUGGUAUCUCUUUGCAACUCUCAUCUCAUUAUACAAUAAAUGGAUGUUUUCACCGGAUCAUUAUAAUUUUCAAUAUCCUCUCUUCGUUUCAUCUUGUCAUAUGUUGAUUCAAUUCAUUUUAGCUUCUUUAUCUCUUGCAACUUUCAAUUCAAUUCGUCCUACAAAUCGUCCAUCUCCUCAUAAUUAUGCUACCAAAGCAGCACCUUGUGGUAUCGCAUCUGGUUUAGAUAUCGGUCUUUCAAAUUCAAGUCUCAAAACUGUUACUUUAUCAUUCUAUACAAUGUGUAAAUCUUCAUCAUUAGCAUUUGUACUAUGUUUCGCAUUCAUUUUCAAAUUAGAAAAACCAACCUACAAACUUACCGGAAUCAUAGCCUUAAUCACAGCCGGCGUGAUCUUAAUGGUUUCAUCUGAAACUCAAUUCGAUUUCUGGGGCAUGAUUGAAAUUUUAUCUGCAUCAUGUAUGGGAGGUUUACGUUGGUCGUUAACUCAAAUCUUAUUAGAUAAGAAAUCCAUGGGAAUGAACAGUCCGAUUGCUACGAUCUUUUGGUUGGCUCCUACUAUGGGCAUCACUUUGGCAAUCUGUUCGAUGGCCUUUGAAGGUUGGAAUACGAUUAUGUCUCAAGAAGUUUUCUUUGGUGAUUUAGGUAAAAGUUUGACUACUAUGGGAUAUAUUGUGACGGCUGGUGGAUUGGCUUUCUUGAUGACUGUUAGUGAGUAUUUUUUAAUCCAAAGGACAUCAGUGGUCACAUUAUCAAUCGCUGGGAUUUUCAAGGAAGUCGGAACGAUCUUCUUAUCAACUGUCGUAUUUCACGAUACAAUGACACCUUUAAAUAUCUCAGGUUUAGCUAUCACUCUUUUUGGAAUAGCUCUCUAUAACGUUUUGAAAUAUCAAGAAUCAAUUAAAUCUAAACAUUUAGAUUCACUGGAAGAUAAUUUAAAUCAUAAUGAUAUCGCACUUGAAUCACAUUCAAUAAGUUCAAAAGAAAAUGAAGAAUCUGAAGAAAAACAAUCAAAAGUGUUAGAUUCAAUGUCAAUGAGAUCUAUUGAUUCUAAUCAUCAUGAAAUCUUGAAAGGAAAUUAUUCAAAAAUCGAUAAAGAUUUAAAAGUAGAUCGAGAGAUUAGAAGUAGAUCAUCAGGUAGUGAAUCAUAUCAACUUGUUCAAACUCAAUUUGAAAUAGGAGAAGAUGAAACAGAAGAAGAAGGAGAAGGAGAAGGAGAAGAAGGGUGGGAUAAAAGUUGGAUUGUGGAAGAAGAAACUGGGAAUGGAUUAGUUGAAAUUCAUUCUUCUUGAAAACAUUCUUUCUCUUCAAUCAAUUUUUUUCUUUUUGGCUUUUGUUGAAUUGUAAUAUAAAAUAUUCCGAAAAAAAAAUAUGCAUAGUAUUUUAGUUUUUCUUUAUUUGAGGACUUUGACUUCUUUGUGAUAGGUUUUAUUGAUGGAUUUGAUUGAGGUUUUAUAGAAGGUUUUGAUGAAAAAAAACAACAUAAAAUGG